CUGGCUGAAUGGCAUGCCUUGGCCAAGCUUCAGCUUCACACAGAUGAUUCACUAGCUCGACUCGAUCAGGCGCUGGAUGGUUUAGGAAAGCAACUUCGAAAAUUUCAGCAGUUUACAUGCUCGGCUUUUCAAACUGUAGAACUUCCAUGCGAAGUUGCUGCACACCAGAGGAGGUGUGAGACUAAUCUACAGUCCACUAAUGGGGGAACAAGAUCAUCGGGUGCUCAUCCCAGGAUUUUCAAUCUCUCAACCUACAAAUUGCAUGUGCUUGGCGAUUAUGUGGGCUCCAUCAGGCUAUUUGGAACAACGGAUUCAUAUACCACUCAGAUUGGUAAGCUCGCCCACCAUCUCAUAAAAAUGCUGUAUCAAAAUACAAAUAAGCAAGAUCCCUCGAAGCAACUUGCUAAACAGGAAAGAAGACGUACUCGUGUCUGCUGGCAGCAGCAAUCUACAGCCGUCCUUCAGGAUAUACAUACCAGUGACCUACCAAUUAAGGUUCACCACUUUAUGUCCAAUACAUCCAACUUCCUGAAUCUGGCCCGUUACCUGAGUGAACACGAGGGCGAUCCAGCUAUCAAGGGCUUUGUUCCUAAACUGAAAGACCAUCUUCUUUCACAACUGCUCAGCUUGGAUUAUGAUGGUGAUGAGAGGGUUUUCACUGAUGCGGAACGAAACAGUGUAUGCUUCAUCAACAACCUUAAUGUGGUCUCCCAAGCCAAGCACCUUCAAAUCAACUACACGACCUACGAUGUCCGCCGUGAUCAAGAUACUCUGAAACCAGGGUGCGGUGGUGUUGUAAUGACUUUUUCGAGAGAACAUGGCGGCGACACUCAUCCAUUUUGGUAUGCUCAAGUUUUAGGCACUUUUUGCGUACAAGUACUCCAUGUUGGCCCUGACGUUUGUAAUCGCUCACCCCAGUCAAUGGAGUUCCUGUGGGUUCGAUGGUUCAGUGUAGUCCUGCAUUACUGCUGGAGCAUGAGGGAGGGUCGUCUCCUAAAAGUUGGCUUCAUACCAGACUCACCCUCUGCAUUUGGUUUCCUUGAUCCCUCCGUUGUUCUUAGAGCCUGCCAUCUUAUACCCUCCUUUGCUGAUGGCCACACAGAUACUCUUCUUCAGUAUGGCCCAACUGUUGCGCGACGGUUCGGAGAAGUAAAUGACUGGACCGCAUUCUACGUUAACAUGUGA